UGAGGAAUGAUGUGAAACUAAGAAAACUUACCUCCACUUUGAAUGUACCCCGUGGUGGAAGGUUAGCAACGUCUCUCUUGACAGCAGCUCCUGUUCCGAUGCGUUCAGGCUCCGACGAGACACAAGGCCAAAAGGGUUCAGCGUCUCUCUGGCACGGAUGCACAAACGGCAUCCCACAGCGCGGGACAUCAAGGGAGCUUCAUAAAGAGGCAACUUUGAAUUACAAGAGUAUUUAAAGACGGAACAACAUGGGAACUAACCCAAAAAGGACAGUGACGGUCCACACGGUGCCUCAGCUGGCUGCGGUGGAUUCUCUGGGAAAUAAGGAGUCUAAUGCCAACUGGGCAAAUGAGCCCCAUCUCAAACUCUCUCAGGUUUGUCCAGUGGACUCGCUCCCAGCUUCUGGACAGCAGGACAACCCCUGUCGAACAACUGUUCUCGCCAACACCAUUCCCCAAGCAACAACCCGACCAGCUGACAGCUCUGUAAGUGACAAACCAGCGCUGGGCAAUGGAAACCAAACUAAAUCUGUGACAGGUGGAGAGCAGCACUUGCUAAACCUGUCACUGACAGGCCAGUGUGUAGGAGAGACGGGAGGCAACCGAGGGGAUUCUAAUGCUAACACGAAAAUGUUAAGCCCGGCCACUGGAAAGGAUGUUUGCGAGGCCGGUUUGUCAGCUGCUGUUACGGCAGCUUCAAAGGUCGACAUGCAGAACAGCGGGUGCCGAAGGAAAGAGGCAGGCGCGGCAAAGGAGGAGAAGCCGACAUCUUCAGCUGAAGCCACUGUGCUAAAGACCAGCAAUAAAAAAGUUUCUGGAAAUGAGAAAAAAGAACUGAAAGGUCCACAACAAGAUUUGAUUAAGAGCAUUCCGGUUCCAGACAGGGCUACACCACAGAAAACUGAAGAACCUGCUCACUCAUUUGCAAAACCAACACCCCUGCAGGGGUCUGAACCGUUAACUCCUCUCACGUCCACUAAUCCUCCGUGCACAAACAAGGACACAACGUCUACAAGCAACGCUUCAUGUUCAGCACAUUCGGCAGAGGAUUUCCCUCCGGUGAAGGGAGCACAAGUCUCUUCAGAUAAACAUCAGCCCGUCUCUUCACAGAUGGAUGUGUGCACUAUACCCCGGGCUACACAAACCACGCCGAAGUGUGGGCAGGUGGCUGAGGCAACCAGCCAGACUGUCACAAGUGUGGAGGAACACAACAAACUCUACAGAGAAACUUCGACUAUGACCUCCUCUCUUUCACCAGUCCAGGGAAAGCAGUAUCACGAUAUGGAGGUUCAGGCCGUGGCGAACACGUCAGACAAGGCGGUGUCCACAAGUCCCAGUCUGCUGCCCUUCGCUGUGACCCGCAGGCUGAGCGGUGGUGCAGUCCACAGGGAGGAUCUGCAGAGCCUGGCUGUUGUCUAUCAGGCCAAUGACAACGCAGGUGUCCAUCAAAUGUACACAACGUCCAUACCCAGCACCAAUCACACCUCAGAGAGGGUCACCAUCGAGGCGGAGGUGUGUCCUGACCAGACGCACAGUUCCAGCUCCAAAACCUCGUCCCAGCAGCCCGGAGCCAAGCCCAAAGAGGCUGGGCUGGGUCAGUGCAACACUCAGCCAGUUUAUCAAAUCAACAUCGAACACAGCAAUCACAAGAAGGAAGGCAAAGCAAGCGACUCCAAUUCUAAGAAAGGUGUUCAGGCAUCAGCCGCAGAAACAGCUUCUGCUGUCAAAACUGGGGCUCCCACGGGGACAGCCAGUGCUUCAGAAUCCGGAUCUGCUGACAGAACCAGCGCUGGGCUUUCUCAGCCUGCUGUCACAACCAAGGCCGAGCAGGCCCCGCCUACUAAAGCAGCAGGAAAUACUGCAGUCAAAUCAGAUCCAACUAAGGAGAAGGCUCCGCCAAAGGUAACUAAAUCUGAAAAGAAAGAACCAGAAGGAAAGACUGAGGAGGAGGAUGAUCAGUCAGACAAGGAAAAAGGGAAAAGUGUCCAUGAUGUUGUGUGGGACGAACAAGGGAUGACUUGGGAGGUCUAUGGUGCCUCGGUGGAUCCAGAAUCCCUUGGGUUUGCAAUCCAGAGCCACUUGCAGUGUAAGAUCAGAGAGCAAGAGAGAAAACUGAUAGUGCGGACGUCCUUACGAAAGUCAAUUUCUGCCGUUGAUUCGCCGCGACACGAUAAAAAGAACAAAAGGAGGCAACAGAACAUUUUCAGGUCAAUGCUGCAAAAUGUCAGACGACCCAACUGCUGUGUGCGCCCCCCUCCCUCCUCUGUUCUGGAGUAGCCCGGCACAGAGGUACCCAAUGACAGACUCCUGCCUUUUCCUCGAGGUCACAGCGUUCGUCCUCCCCUCGUCAUAACUGCAACGCCACAAGAAACAUUAACGGGACACUGAUCCCUGUAGCGUACCGGAAUGUUGUAGCAUAAAGAGUAAUGUGUGAUGUACGAAAACUUACAUGGUAGCAUAUAGAGGCACAACACACAAUAUUUCCAAACUUCAUUUCAAGAAAUAAAUGUUAGAGAGAAGCAAUUUCAACAGAUGCAAUAAUAGUAAGCGCAUGUGUUUUUGUCUUAAAGGUAGCUGUACUGAAGUCUAUAGAAGGAAGUGAUGAUGAUGAUGAUGAAGAAGACGGUGAUUUGUGUUAAAGCAUUCGCAUAAAUAUAUUAAUAAGCUGAUGUCCUAUUACAUUUGGUGCAACUAGAAUAUGUUUUGAGGCACUGUAUUUAUAAGACUGCUGUAUGUUUUAUUUGAUGCCUCAUUUUAUUUUAAACGUGUGUAAAAAACAAAAAAGAAAACUGCAGAUACACAUAAUUGCAUUGAUUAAUCCAUACUAUUUGAUUUUCUAUUAAAAUGCAAAAAAAAAAAAAAAAUAGUCCUGACUUUCACAUCUUUCCAGUGACGAUGUUUUCAGCUGUGGAGAGUCUUAGAAGUGUCAAUAAAUAAUUAUUAAUUUACCAUGCAUUCAAAA